UAAAUAUUACAUUCAAAUAGUAAAAGUAAAUAAUUAUUAACAAAAUACGUAUCAUGACCCGUGUAACGGGGAAAAAUUUUAUUUAGUUGCCAGUAAAAAAAAAAAGAAUUAACUGCAAAUCAAGUUGCAAUUAAAAUGAAAUAUUCUCAUUGCUUGAUCCUUAAUUUCCCAACAGAGUAUUGGCGAUUGCGGGUCCAAUAAGUGCGACGUUACACGAAGCGUAACGUAACAAAUAUGUUGAUAAAUUGCCAGCAAGAAGAGAAUCGUAUGCCAGCAGCAUGCUCGUUCGUUUUCAAACGUUUAAUGUUUCUGUCUCGUUAAAUAAUUUUUCACAAGAGACGUAGACUUUUUAAACAAUUUUCUAUUCUUUACACGAUGUAAAUGCCAUUCUUUUCAUACUGUUCGUACUACGUACAAUUUUGCUUGCGCUAAUUUUGUGCUAGUUACCGCGAUUACACGGGGCAGCCAGAGCGAGUACAAACAGCGUGCAAAUAUUUAUGUUAGAAUGCGUGUCGCUGACAAUGUCGACAAUACUGAUUUAUGUAGCAUCUGUACACGAUACAUCGAUAGCGAGCCUUCGAAUCACGUUCCAUUGAUUAAAAUUACAAUUUCAGUCAGCGUGUAAUUUAAACAAAGCGUGUAUUCUAUUCACAGCUUCCUAAAUAUAAAAGUCAGCGCUUUACUAUCUUGAAGCUAAAUCCCUGCGAUUCGCAGUUCCACGAUUUAUAACGUAGAAAUCGUCGAACUGGAAUCUCCGGAUCUCCGAACGUUUCAAUGAAAUCUCGCGACCUGCGGAUGAUCAAAUCUGUAUCCUGCAUUCGUUUUUAUUAAUUUUAUGGGCAUACGAGUAUCAAUGGUCGAGGAGAAGAAAAAGGGGAACGUCAAGUUUCUCAAAAAACGAAGAUCUAUUUUCAUCGUGUAAUGUCUUCGUAUUUCCUCGUGUAUGGAAAUAAAACCUCACUUUAUCCUUCAUUUUAUUCUGCGUCAUUUUCUAUUUUUACUUGAUAAUUUUAAGCAAUAUAUAACUGAGGAAACUCUAAAAAAUCGAACAUCACUUUUUCCUUGUACACCUCAAUUUCGUACAACUAGCGUAUCCGUUGCUAAGGAACGCGUAUGAGAAAAUUCCUUAAAAUGAACAUUUUAACCGUGUACCAUUCGUAUACUAAAUAUAGCUGGAAAAAUAAUUUUUUAAAAUUCUUUUCCUGAUCGCAAAACCAUCGUGCCAAUCCCAUCAAGACGAACACCUGUUUCUUCUUUUUCGUUUCUCGGGAACGUUUGAAUCGCGAAAUAAUUAAAGGAUGAAAAUGAACGAUCAAUCAUACGCUCUCUCGUUAUAUUUUCCCUUGCAACGUACGAUAUACCCUGGUUUCGUUCUCGCCCCAAUUGCCCGCAACUUUUACGUAACAGCGAUUCUUUAUGCAAUUACCAUUAACCCUGUUUCAUAGGCAGAAUUCAGUUGGAAUUCGAGGGUUGAUAGAGCUAUCAUCGCACGAAACAAAGGUGUGCGUGGAACAACCCCAUUUAACGAGGCUGAAGCACUUUCAGGACGUCUUGUUCCAUUUAUAAACGGUACGAUACAAGUGUACGCUGUACACGUGCGAGAAGAUGAAGUGGACGACGAACGUAGACCCUCGGCAAUGGUCAGAGGAUCUCUCAGUCGUUUCACGAUCAUCGUGCAGAACGAUAUCCUCGCACAAAGUAAAAAGAAAAAGGGGGAGAAAAAAGAAAGAGAGAAGAGGAGGGAAGUGUGCAAGCAAACCGAUCAUUUUUAUUUCCCUGCAGCCAGAACGACCGGUGAUCGAACGCGAUACCACGACAGUGGCGAUUGAAAAAGUUACGAAAUUUUUUGAUAUUCUGUUUAUUUAAAAAAUUGGAAAAAUUGAUAGAUAGUAAAAGGGAGAGGGAUCCAAAAAUGGGAAGACAUUGGUGAACUUUGAAAUAAUCUAUGCCUCUCCUUUCGUUUUUUACUGAUCUCAUCCAACGGAUAAAUAAAUAUUCAAAGUAAUAUAAGAACAAAGUGAACGCGUACGAGACGUCGAGUGGAAAGUGGAAAAGUGAACUCGCGAUUUCGCGCUGGCACGAAAGGCUCUUGCUAGCUCCAUGCACUUUACGCUCUAUGCAUUAAUGAACGUGAUAAUAGACGCGUGCGUUAUAUUUACGUGGUCUCAUCGCGUCUCUCAUUGCCGAGAAUUUUUCUGGACGCGUUCGAGGUAUGACGAAAGUUCGCGGAACUCCUUUCAAGCCGGUAAUUUUAGAGAAUGAUAGCGGCUACAUUGACGCAAUUCGAUCGUUCCUUUCAAAGUUCUAAAAUUAAUAAAAUCGAUAAAACUAUAGAAGAUAAUAUACUCUAAAAAUACAAUAAAUCCGACCGCAACGAUAUAUUCAAAGUAAUCCUCGUAAAUAGAUCGCGGCAGUUUAUCCAUCUAUUGGAAGAUGUGCAGAAAUGGACGAAAUGGACAGGAUGCGCAAAAAUACAUAUUCGUAGCGCACUCGUAAGUGGACAAUGGCUGUGUGCACGUGAAAUGGAAGGAAAAAUCGGAGCAUCUUCGCAAUGCCCCGAACGAUCAGAAUGGGAAUAGAUUCCGCUGCGGGGUAGCAAUCGAAUGUGAAUUUAAUCAAUCUGACCGAAUACCGGGGCUCGUAUCGCGUGCCGAGAAACAGCUAAUCACCGGCACAACCUCGAAGUAAUGCACACACGAUGGUUUUCGAGUUGGAAUUACCGCGGUGCCGACAGUCUUCGGUUACACGCGACACGACGGCUUUCGAGGGCAAAUCCGGUCGACGAGUGCCUGGUUGCCAGAAAGCCGCAGACCACUUUGAAACGCUUUAACGCUUUCUAUUUCCGUUCUACUCGCCUCGUCGUUCUCCUAUCAGGCAAACGAAUGAUAAACCCGAUGGUAUUGUGCCUGAACAUGUUGAACUGCACCGUAGAUGAAGCGGAACAAGCGAAGAUACGAUUUCAAUUUGCAGUUUUCAAUGCUGACGUUAAACACUGGGAGUACUGUCACGUUAGCAGGACAAUACUUGAGCUGAAAUCAUACACGGACAUCAUUUCCUUGGGAUACAGGGACUUGUCCAUCGCCGACAGGCAUUUAAAGAAGAACGGCGAGGUGAUGUUAAUGGUUAAGAUACAGAUAAUCCAUUACGAAAGCGAGAAACACCACUUGUCGCAGGAUAUGGCAAGAUUAUUAAAGCAUUCGUAUGGCGCAGACACCAAGUUGACUUGCGGGGGUUUGAAUAAAAUGGAAAUUCCAGUUCACAGCAACAUAUUGGCUGCUCGUAGCAACGUUCUCGCUGAAAUGAUUUCGCCCAUAAGAGAAUUGAAUAACAGGAAAAGCUCGAAAUCGGAUACCGCAGAAGAUAAGAUAUCGGACAUGAGAGAAUUAGAAGAAGAUAUAAUCGACAAAGGAAACGAAAGUUCCAAUAAUCAUUAUGUGUAUGCUCUGAAUUUACUGGAUCUUAGCAAAGAAGUGACAGAAGAAUUGUUACGAUACAUUUAUAGCGAUCACGUUGAUAAUUUGGAUAUUUUCGCUCAGGAACUUUUAUCUUUGGCUGAACGCUUUUGCCUACAAGGGUUAAAAGAACUCUGCGAAAGAAAUCUUAUCGAAACGAUAACUCCAGAAAAUGUAGCUAGCAGACUUUUGGUUGCAGACGAGUUUGGCUGUGAUGCGCUUAAAAGAGCGAGUUUGGCAUAUUGCGAGAAAAAUAUAACGAUGCUCAACAAAAGCUUAGCAUGGAAAAUGAUGGAACAAACAAACCCAGAAUUAUUCAAUGAAGUUUGUGAAGCUGGUAUUAGCAGUUCAAGAUCAAGUAACAUAGAUGAUAGUGAAUUAAGCAAUUGAAGUCUCCCUUUCUUCAUGUAUAAGCAAUUUAGUAAUUAAUUGUGAAAUGUUAUAAAUGUCAGUCAAUGGUUUUAUAGUUUUCAAAAGGAUAAAUCAAGAUAUGAUAUAAAUUCUAUAGAAAGUUCGAUUACUUAUAAAAUACUGUUGAAAAUAUAUAAUUCCAACGAAUAACUUUAAUAAAGAACGUUUUUAUAAAUUUUA